GGGCCAGUCGGAGCCUUCACUCCGGCGAUGCGCUCGGCCGCGCGGGCGGCGGACCUCCUUCGAGGGCUUCUCGCGCGGCGCCGGCGCACUGCACUCCACCGCGGCGGCCCGGUGGCGUGCGCGCGGACCUUGUUUGGCGUGCUUCUUCGUGCUGCCAGGCUGAUCUCCGGCCCCCGCGGGCCACGCCAAUGCUCGGGCCUAUGGGUGCAGGUCAAGAGAGUAUUCUCUCCUUUCCCUUGACAAUCUGGCAUGCUGAUUGCGAGGUUACCAUGGGAUUAAGGCACUUAAGACACUUCUUAUAUCAUUUUCAGUCACCACGGAUACAGAAUUAGGUGGAGGAUACUGCUUCCAAACAACUCAAAGUGCACAAGGCAGGUAUGCUCCUCUCUGUGCCUGUGACUUCGAUUUCUGACCCCUCUUCCCUGAGCUGCACAUGUACGGUAUUUGUGGAAAUUUGCAAUGUGUACCAUUUCUGCUAAUGCUCCAAAGUCCGAACUCUUUGAAUGAUAGUCAUGAAAAAUUAGUGGAAAGAAUACACUGUGUUAGUGUGCGAGGUUACAAGUACGCCCACAGAAUUUCAACCGGGAACACCAUGCACACAAGAAAAGACAAGAAAUCAGAGACAAAUUCCAAUAAAUUGGCCUAGUACCGGGAAAGUGAAAUGCGCCAUUAGGUUCAUCUGCACCGGUCUCUGUCUCACUGUGUCGUCUAGCUCCGGAAGCAACUGAGCAGCAGCAGCAUGCGGGCAGGCAUCCCUCUCGGCGCGGCCGAUGUGAAUUCGUAACGAAUAAGUGCGCCGUCUGGAUAGCUAGCUGCAUGGUGAGCUCGCCGUUCCUUUCCUGAUGUUUGCCAAGCAUUGAAUAGCCCAAAACAUGUGUAUCCCAUAGUGUGUUCAGCAAUCUGUCACCCUGUUCCUCACUCCUGCAUCCGCCCAAGGUUUGAGAUACCUGGAAAGACACCAGGACGGUUAUUCUUAGUAGCGAAGACCACCUAAGCACUGUAAGUUAGUUUCAGUUCCAGUUCCAGUUCUUUUUUGGCGAUGAUGCUUGUGUUUUUCUUCUUCUGUUUACUUUAUAUCAUAAUCAUGCAAGUUUUCUCUCCUCAUCGGAAGAAGGUUGGGUGACCGACAGCAUGGAGACAUUCCUACCAGCGAUCUUGAGCGACCUCCUCGGCCGGUCCAUCUCGUACCUGGUGCAGCGAUACCGGCAGCAGAGCAGCGUGCAGGACGACCUCGAGAAGCUGCGGCUCGCGCUGGUCAGGGUGCACGUCACCGUCGAGGAGGCCGAGGCGCGGCACGUCACCAACAAGGCCAUGCUCCGGCAGCUCGACGUGGUCAGGGAAGCCAUGUACAGUGGCUACUACAUGCUCGAUACCCUCACCUACCGAGCCCACCAGGAAGAGGCUUGCUCCUCGUCGUCGUUUGCGCCGUCCAGAUUAAACGCCGCCAAGCGCCUCCGCCUGCUCACCGUCGACGACGGCGCCACGGAGGUGAGGCGCAUGGUCGACAACCUGGGGAGAAUGAUCGCCGACAUGAGGGAGUUCGUCGUCUUCCUCAAGGGCUAUCCUCGCAUCUGCAGUCAGCCUUACAGCAUGCACCUGCUCCUUGACAAGUUAAUGUUCGGCCGGCAGAAGGAGGUGGAGCAGGUCGUCGGCUUCCUGCUGCAGCCGGAGGUCUGCGGCGAUGGCGUCGACGUGCUGCAGGUAGUCGGCGCCGCAAGGGUCGGGAAGAGCACCCUCGUCGAGCAUGUCUGCCACGACGAGAGGGUGCGCGGCCGCUUCUCCUCCAUCGUGUGCUUGAGCCGGGACGACGUCGAAGACAUGGGAGACCAUCGUGACCUCACCGUCAAGCACGGGAACCGCGCCUCCCGUGGAAGCUCGCUCGUCGUCCUCGACCUAGCCGAGGACGAGGAGCCCCUGGACGACGGGGCGUGGAGGCGGCUGCGCUCCUCGGCGAUGUGCAGGGCGCGUGGGAGCAAAAUCAUCGUCACGAGCAGAUCGCCGGAGACGGUCCGGGGCAUCGAGCCGGCGCGCGCCCUCGAGCUCAAGUUCCUGCGCGAGGACGUCUACUGGUACUUCUUCAAGGUGCUCGCGUUCGGCAGCGUGAACCCCGACGACCACCCGAGGCUGGCGUCCAUCGCCAUGGACAUCUCCGCGGAGCAGAAGGGCGGCUUCAUAGGCGCGACCAUCGCCGGCAGCUUGAUGAGAGCCAACCUCGACGCCCAUUACUGGAGCCUCAUCCUCAAGAACAUGAGGGAGUACACGCAGAAGCACCGCGCCCUGUUCGGCAAGCACCCGCACGACCUCCUGAGGAAGAACCACCCCGUGUACCUGUGGAGGCUGGCCGAGAGCUCCAAGAUCUUCCUGUGCCAUGGCUUCUACACCGCGUGCCCCGCCAAGCAGGAGAUCCCCAGGGUGACGUUCCAGGAGGUGCUGUCCGGCAGGGUGACCCCCCAUGGGAGGUUCGAGGUCCUGGCAUGGACGUCGCAGAUACCCCCUUGCCGGAGCUACCUGAUGAGCUGCUCCCUGGACACGCCGUCUGCUCCACUUCGUGUCCUUGACAAGAAGAAGCGUCUCAGGCUUAUGUAGAUCCUGCAGUCGGUGCCUUUCUUCUUUGGGUAACUUUACGGUCGAAGAUAUCAAGAUGUACUAAAAAUUUAGCGUAAAAUUUUAGUACCUAAGUAUCAAAAGAUACUAAAUUUUACACUAAAAUUUUGGUAUCUCUCAAGGACUGUAAAAUUGCUCUUCUUCUUUCUGUGGGGGUUAGUUAAUCUUCAGUUGCUUGAAAUUAUGUAUCCCAGGUCAACCGAAACUGUACAUUGCUAAGUAUUGCUACGUAAGUACGUAGUGUGUAGUUUUGCCUUUUCAUAUAUGAUUUUGUUUUUGCCUCAAGGGCUCAAGGCUUACAAAUUUGGACACAAAAACUACAAUUCUGUUUUCUUUUUCUUUUAAAAAUUCUAUAUUUUGCUUGUGAUAAGCAAUCAUUCA